AUGGAGAAAUGCAAACUUCACCUUCUACUAAAAAAACCUUCUGUAUUAAAGUCAUCAUUUCAAAAUAAAUUAGCCAGACCACUGCGGGCUGAAUUAGACCAGUGGGCUCAGUCUUUGGAGAAACCUCUCACUUAUGAAAGUGGAGUUUCAGCGUUCCAACAGUUUUUGAAGUCAGAAUUCUGUGAGGAGAACAUUGAAUUCUGGCUAGUUUGUGAGGACUUUAAACAAACCAAGACACCAGAUAACCUCAUCAUCAAAUCUAAAAGUAUUUAUGAAGAAUUCAUCAGGAAGGACUCCCCAAAAGAGGUCAACUUGGACUUUCACACCAGGGGCCGCAUCAUUCAGCAUCUCCCACGUCCAUCCCUGAACUGCUUUGAUGAAGCUCAGAGGAAAAUCUAUUAGCUGAUGGAGAACGACAGCUUACUUCGCUUCUUUCAGUCAGACAUUUACAAAGCCCUGAGGGACUCUGUGACACUAUGA